UACCCAUUUUUGGUUCAAGGGGCAAGAAAUUAACAGUACUAUACAUAAUGUUUCCCAACUUUGCUGCCUUGCUCGUCUUCUCCGUGCUCUGUCUUCUUUCUCUUGUAACCUCGGGCUCGGGCAGUUCUUCUUCAUCAUCCGACACUCUGAACGAUGGCCGCCGCAACAUCACGGACGGCCAGACGCUCGUCUCGGCCGGCGGCACCUUCACCCUGGGCUUCUUCUCGCCCGGCACGCCGAGCCUUCGGUACCUCGGGAUAUGGUUCUCGGCGUCCACCGACGCCGUCGUCUGGUUGGCCAACCGCGACAGCCCGCUCAACGACACCGCCGGCGUUCUAACGGUCAACGCCGCCACGGGCAUCCUCCUCCUGCUCGACGGCUCAGGCCGGACCGCCUGGUCCUCCUCCAACACUACAACAACCAACGGCAACAAUUCCUCGUCUUCCUCCGCGGCGGCAGUGCAGGCGCAGCUUCUCGAGUCCGGCAACCUGGUCCUGGUGCGUGGCACCGGCGGCAGUGACGUGCUGUGGCAGUCGUUCGACCAUCCGUCGAACACCCUGAUCGCGGGCAUGCGGCUGGGCGUGAACCCGCAGACGGGGGCCGAAUGGGCGCUCACGUCGUGGAAGUACCCGACGGACCCGUCCACGGGGGACUGCCGCCGCGCCAUGGACACGCGGGGCCUGCCCGACUGCGUGUCGUGGCGCGGCGGGGCGAAGAAGUACCGGACGGGGCCCUGGAACGGGCUCUACUUCAGCGGGGUCCCCGAGAUGGCGUCCUACUCCGACAUGUUCACCAACGAGGUCGUCGUCCGGCCCGACGAGGUCGCCUACGUGUUCGACGUCAAGCCGUCUUCGGCAUCCAAGCCGCCGUUCUCCCGGCUCGUGCUGGGCGAGGCCGGCGUGCUGCAGCGGCUGGUCUGGGACCCGGCCAGCAAAGUCUGGAACGUGUUCGCGCAGGCGCCGAGGGACGUCUGCGACGAGUACGGCAGGUGCGGCAAGUUCGGGCUCUGCGACGUGAACACGCCGUCCACGCUCUUCUGCGGCUGCGUGGCCGGGUUCGGCCCCGUGGAUGCCGCGCAGUGGGCGAUCAGGGAAGCCUCCGGCGGGUGCCGGAGGAACGUGCCGCUGGACUGCCGUGCCGGUGGCGGCACGACGGACGGGUUCAAGGCGGUGCGGGGCGUGAAGCUGCCGGACACGGAUAACACGACGGUGGACAUGGCAGCGACGGUGGGGGAUUGCAGGGCGAGGUGCCUUGCCAAUUGCUCCUGCGUGGCCUUCGCCGCCGCGGAUAUCAGCGGAGGUGGUGAGGGCAGUGGCUGCGUUAUGUGGGUUGGUGACAUUGUUGAUGUCCGGUAUGUCGACAAAGGGCAGGAUCUCUAUGUCAGGCUGGCAAAGUCUGAACUAGCAGUUAAUGAGAACAGAAGGGGGAUGUUAAAGAUUUUACUGCCAGUUACGGCAUGCCUGCUAGUACUCGCCUGCAUUUUCCUUGUUUGGAUAUGCAAGUUCAGAGGCAUGCGAAGCAGGGAUAUCCAGAAAAAGGCGAUACUGAGUGCAUCAACCGAACUUGGCGACGAAAACAUAGAGCUUCCAUUUUUUAGCUUUAGAGACAUUGUUACUGCAACGGAGGAUUUCUCUAAUGACAAUAUGCUCGGGCAAGGAGGCUUCGGGAAGGUUUAUAAGGGAAUGCUGGAAGAUGACAAAGAAGUUGCAAUCAAAAGGCUCAGUAAGAAUUCUGGACAAGGAGCAGAGGAAUUCAGAAAUGAAGUUGUUCUAAUUGCAAAAUUGCAGCACAGGAACCUCGUCAGACUUCUUGGUUAUUGCAUUCAUGGAGAUGAGAGGCUGCUGAUCUACGAAUACCUACCCAACAAGAGCUUGGAUGUCUUCAUAUUCGACCCUUCAAGUAAACAUGUUCUUGAUUGGUCAACAAGGUCUCAAAUAAUCAAAGGAGUGGCUAGAGGCCUUCUUUAUCUCCACCAAGAUUCAAGGUUGACUAUAAUUCAUAGAGAUCUCAAAUCAAGCAACAUCUUGUUAGAUGUGGAUAUGAGCCCGAAGAUAUCGGAUUUUGGCAUGGCAAGAAUCUUUGGUCGCGACCAACAAGAAGCAAACACUAACCGAGUUGUUGGAACAUACGGUUACAUGUCUCCUGAAUAUGCAAUGGAUGGUGCCUUCUCUGUCAAGUCCGAUACCUAUAGUUUUGGUGUUAUACUCUUGGAGAUCAUAAGUGGUCUGAAGAUUAGCUUACCCCGCCUCUCAGACUUCCCAAACCUGUUAGCUUAUGCAUGGAACUUAUGGAAAGAUGGUAAGCCAAUGGAUAUGGUGGACUCAUCCAUUGUUGACAAGUGUUCACCAACUGAAGUUCUGCGGUGUAUCCAUAUAGGACUCUUAUGUGUGCAAGACAAUCCAAAUAAUAGGCCACUCAUGUCGUCGGUCGUUUUUAUGUUGGAGAAUGAAACCACGACACUCUCAACCCCAAAACAACCGGUGUAUUUUGCACAAAGGAACUCUGAAGCAAAAGAAACAGAAGAGAAUACUAGCAGCUCUAUGAAUAACAUGAGCCUCACCGUGUUGGAGGGGCGGUAGCUCUGAAUUGCAGGCUCCACAAUGGCACAAUUUAGUGGAGACUUGCUGACUUGGAGUCUGCUCUCCGGCUGGUCGUCUGCUCAUCGUGCUGUGGUCAAGGUCGACCUUGUUGUCUUUGUCCGUAGAAUUGUCAGUCUACUAUAGACUUUAUCUUCCACAUUAUUUCCUAAGGGUGACGAUGAUUGCCUAA